UUAGUGUGUGCAACCAAAACAGAUCACAAUACGAAGUUCAACAUGGAUUUGAUGGACUUUUUCAAUCCUAGCAAAAAGACAGUGCGAAGGCCCAUCAUUGCUGGUGGGCGAGUGAAUACACAUAUUGAGAAAGAAGAGGAAAGUCGCCCCACGCCGGAGGAUAAUUACAGCUACGCUGAAAAGCAUCAGGAACAUGAGAUGCGUCUAAUGCGACAUGUCAAAGAUGAAGAAACGUUCAUGAAUUGCGAUGGCGAUGAUGAUGCUGAGGAUGGCGUCCAGUCAGAAGAUGAAUCAAUGGCUGGGGCCGAAGGAGGCGCCUUUGGUGGACGACAAAAUGACGAUUUGUACCAAAGAUAUAAUUUUGAAACAAAGAUCACCCCGCGUCUCCCGAUCGCAAAGCACCGCACUGAGAUAAUGAAGACACUGGAGCAGAAUGACGUGGUCGUGAUUGAGGGGGCGACGGGAUGCGGAAAGACUACGCAAGUGCCGCAAUACAUUAUGGAAGAUGCCUUUGCGAAGAAGAAGUACUUCAACAUUGUCGUGACGCAGCCAAGGCGUCUGGCGGCUCUGAGUGUGGCCAAGAGAGUUGCUCAGGAGCGCCAGUGGGAGUUGGGUGAAGUGGUGGGCUAUCAGAUUGGGAGGAAGCGCGAGUGUAGCGAGGACACGAGGAUCAAUUACUGCACAACUGGUGUACUGCUGGAGAAAGUGGUGAAGUCGCAAUCUCUGGCCGAAUAUACGCACAUAAUACUGGAUGAGGUGCACGAGAGGGACAUCAACAUGGACUUCCUUUUGAUUGUCCUGCGAAAGUUCUUCUAUCGUAGCGCCAGCAACGUGAAGAUCAUCAUGAUGUCGGCGACAAUCAAGUCGGAGAAGUUUGCGAGUUACUUCACUGUGGACAAGUCAAUUCCGGUGAUUGAUCUCCAUCAGGCAUCACCCUAUGUGGUCAGGGAGUACUACAUUGAUGAUAUCAAGAAGCUCGGCUUUGAGGGCGAUAUCGUGUCGGACACUCCAGAUAUAUCACCCCAAAUGUACACACUGGCUGCUAAGCUGGUUCUCGCGUGUGAUAAGAUUGAAAAAAGGGAGGCGCAAGAGGCUCAGGAGGAUGAAAACUCUCCCGCAAAAUCAGACACGAGCAGAAGUAUUCUCAUGUUCUUGCCGGGAAUUAACGAAAUUAACCAAAUGCAUAUGGAGUUGGAGAAGUUCUCCAUACAAAAUCAGGGGCUGAAGUGUGAAAUCAUUCCGCUGCACUCAUCCUUGACACAUGAGGAGCAGCAGAGGGCGUUCAAGAACUAUCCUAACAGUACACGCAAAGUCAUCUUGUCCACCAACAUUGCCGAGAGUUCAAUCACAGUGCCGGAUGUGAAGUAUGUGAUUGAUUUCUGCCUGACGAAGAGCCUGCGUGUGGACAGCGCCACGAACUUCUCCACGCUGCAACUCGAGUGGGCGUCUCUGGACAAUUGUCGUCAGCGAUCAGGACGAGCGGGAAGAGUGAUGGACGGAAGGGUGUAUCGAAUGGUGACGAAGAGUUUCUACAGAAACCAACUUCCGAAGCAUAUUACACCGGAGAUGCAGCGCCAAUCGCUGGAAAUAGUUGUGCUGAAAUCUAAGCUGAUCGAAAUGGGACCUCCGGAGACUGUCUUAGCGCUGGCGAUGGAUCCUCCGUUCAAGGCCAAUGUGCACAAUGCAAUUCUGGUUCUGAAGGAGCUUGGAGCGCUCCUAGACACUGUGGAUGGGGAGUUUAAGGUCAAUGAUGGCGAUAUGACAUAUUUGGGAAAAGUUAUGGCCAACUUGCCGGUGGAUAUUCGCGUGUCUCGACUGAUAAUGCUGAGUUAUGCAUUCAGUGUGCUUGAAGAUGCGAUCAUCAUUGGAGCGGCAAUAAGUGUUCAGGGUGUUUUCUCAGAGAGCUACAAGGAGCAAAUGAAGACGUACUCUUCUAAGUUGGCAUGGGCAAAUGGCACUGGAAGCGACCUAAUCGCUCUGCUGAAUGUGUACAAAGUGUACACGGAGAGGAUCAGGCAGAAUCAGCGGCGAUAUGAGGAUAUAUGGGCAAAGCGAUCCGGUGUGCAGAUCAGGAUGCUCCGCGAGGUGGUUGAAUUGGUGCAAGAGUUGACCUACAGGUUGUCAUUCUUUAACAUUCAGCCUAUUCCUGUUCCAUUUGGCGUGAUUAUGAAUGACUACGAGCGAUGCAUCAUCCUUAAGGUGGCCUUUGCCGGGGCCUUUUAUCCCAACUAUGCAGUUUAUGGCAACAUGGAUGGCGACAGAGAGAGAGAAACCUUCCGACUCACCAAUGGACGUGAUCCCAGGAACACAGUGAUAAUGUCUGGGCUGCCCAGCAAACAUGUUGGUCAGCUGUACAGGAAGACCAUCAGGGAUAUAUUCUCUUCAUUUGUGGAGCACUCAACAAAGAUCGAGGUGAAUUUUGAUCACUCAGAGCGAGUUUAUAUCUCAUUCUACCCCAGUCGCAGUAUUGUGGACUCCCAGCUGGCCUCCUCAGUGCUCGAUCACAACAUGGACAGCGAUGUGUCCGGAAAUGUGCUCCUGGAGGUGUACAAAGCGAUAAAGUUUGGCCAGAUAAGACGUGCCCACAAGAUAAAUGUCUUGAAUGCGGGCAAUGCCGAACAGUAUGCGGUCAAGCACGGCGCAGGAGAGCUGAUCGUCGGGGAUUUUCACUGGAAGAAGAAUGAGGAGAUGCGUCGUGAAUACGUGGUGUAUCCCAGGAAGAACAACAUCUCUGGCACCAUCACUCAUAUCGUGCAUCUGCACAAGUUCUAUGUGAUACCUAUUGAGCAGGUGUCCUACGAGGAGCACAUUCGCACACUUCUCAACACCAAGGCGAAUCUCCAGCCUAUACUGAGGGACAACAUGAAAGUGGGCAUGAUGGUUGCCGCUAUGCGCAAGUUUGAUGAGUCUGGAUACUUCUGUCGCGGUCGCAUUCUUGCCAAUGAUGAAACCACUCAGCAUCUGACGAUCUUUUUCAUUGACUUCGGGAAUACAGACAAUGUUCUCCUUACUGGCAUUCGUGGGAUCAGGCCGGGCAUUUAUAUCAAUGAAUGCCCACUUGAGCAACUGCCGCCACGCACUCUGGAGUGUAGACUGGCUUGCAUUGCCCCCACAGCAAUCAGUUCAGUGCGUGGUCGAUGGACUCUGGAAACUGUGAAGAAGUUCAGCAGCAAGAUCAGGAUACCUUCUCAAGUGACGAUGGAUGUUUAUGCAUUUCUGGACGGAGUGGCUUAUGUGACUCUCAUGUACAAUCAAGAGAACAUGAAUGAAUGGGCGGUUGUGAAGAAACUGGCGCAGUAUUCUGAUGAGAACUACAUGGCCAAGUUUGAUCAUGAUCGCCGAAUGACGUGUGAGAAAUUGAAGCACGAAUACAUUUUGGAUGACGUUCAGAUUGAAUUUAUGGUGAAGCCUGAGGAAGUGGAGAUUGCCGCACCGCCAGAGAACAUUUGUGACAAGGAAUUGUCACUCAGGGGCCCAACAAGUCCUCUGGCGGCACUUCUGUUCUCCCUGACGAAGACUGCUAGCAAAAAGAUGUGCAAAAUCGAGAGAAACUCCGUGAACUGUGUGCUGCUGGAUAGUGACUUCCAGGACUACCAUCAGAAAAUGGUGGUUGCGACUCACUUGAAUAAUACAACGAGUGGCAAUUUGUGUAUGUACAACACAACGCUUAUGCCCAACAUUCCAGGGAUUUUGCCUCUGAUGGCGUUGAUAUUUUGCCCGAAGGCUGAAUUCUUUCGCAAUGCGGACAAUUCACGCUUCAUCUCGAUAUUGACUGGUUUGGGAACGCUGCCAGGAUCAAAGGUUCCAAUGUUCGAGGAGCACGACUUGCAAAUUCCAUUGGAUGUGAAGAUUGAUCAUGAUGACAUUGAGUGCAUCAAUCAAUUGAGGUAUUCAAUGAGUAGUCUUCUUCUGCUCCGCACUGGCCAGGAUGUGCCUCAAUUGGACAAUAACGUACGCUACCAAUUGCUGCAUAAAAUCAAAGAAUUGAUUCUCAGUAUUGUGACGCGCCCUCGCCCGCUAUGCGAGAAGAAAUACCCACUAAAGCCGUAUGUAUGGAAUCAGUGUGAUGUGAAGCUGACAGAAUUGCUGGAAGUGAAAGAUCUGCACAAUGGGAAGUCUAUCUUUCCAUUCUUGACAUCGCUUAAAUUGGAUCCCGUGGCAGAUAAGCAGCUGAAGGAUCGCCUGAGGAAAGCUUGCUCGGAGUUGUACGAUUGUGCAACAAAAAAUCUCGUUGUCAAAGGAGUGCAGUGCGUUCUGUGCGAUACUUACCUCCAUGACACCUCUCAGCUGCGUCUGCACUUCUUAACGAAGCUCCAUCAAGAUCGCGAAAGGGAGAUUGAUUUCGUGCCACAAAAGUCUGAAAUUUAAGUCCUUUUUACUUGUUUCUCUUUAUAUUUGUUUUUCUUUUCGUUACAUUUUUCAAUAAUGAAGUUUAUUUUCUAUUACGAUCAGCCAUGAAGGCAGAAUUUAAUACGUUACCAAUAAAUAUGAUGAAAUAUGAAAAAUAAAUUGGACACUUUAC